AUGCUGGUGGACGAUUUUUUCUCGACACUGUCCCAAAACGCUCAAAUUGCAUCAUUCAACAAGCGCAGCGCGAUAAUUCACGAUGGAAACAUCCGAAUUUUGUGCGGAUUUGCGAAAAACGACAAAAACGUCGAGUACAGCAAAGAAGUGGUGUGUUUUUUAUCAAGAUUCGUAUCACUUUGGCGAAUUCCCUCGAGUUUCCAAUCAAUUCAGACGCUUUUUCCCUCGCCCCAACUGCCAGAAAAGUUGCGACUGACGGGUUUGGUCGUCCUUGAGAAAUGUUGGAUUUUUAUUGAGGGAAGAAAUUUUGAAAAGAAUUUUUAGUGCGAUUUGCUUUGCUGUGGAGUUCGAGCUCAGUUUUUGCGAUCCGUUUAAAAUCGGAAUUGUUUUCCGAACGAUGGGAUCGGCUUCAACCGGAUUAUUAUUGCGAGUUCGUGAUAAAACUUGAAAAAAGGAUGAAAAUUAUUGUUAUCAGAUGUUAUCCUCUCUUUUCCACAAUGAAGUCUUCGGUUGGGAUCGAACAAAUCCGAAUUUUGCCGAUUUCGAUCGAAAAUUUGAACCUUGUUGCCGUCCUGUGUACUGAUAGCGUUAUCAGGUUUUUUUUCUCCUUCAUGUUUCAAAUUUUUUAAAAGUUCAAAUUUGAAGAUUUUACAAUAUAAACAGCUCCAACGGCGUCGUCCUGCUUUCCUUGGAUUUCGGGGCUCUUUUUUCGAGCUCCACGAAAAGCAAAAAUACUUUUGGCUUGAGGAAGGAGAUCGGUUAUUUUUUCGAUUUUGAAUUUUUUUUUAAUAUAUUUUCUUCAGUUUCUUUCGAUUUCUGCGUCCAGCCUCAUCAAUCGUACAUUUCCAUGUUGACCGUAGAUUCCGAAGGGGAAAUGUACGGGGCUACCGUUCAUUUUUCGAGUAAGUUUUUGGGAAAAGCCAGGUGAAAAUAAAUUUUCAAAGUUCUAAAAAAUCUUUAGGUGCUUGAAAAUAGGAAUCGACGAUAAAUUUUUUUGAGAUACGAAAUUAAGUUAAAAUUAAGAAAAGUUUCAAAAAGCCUUCUCGGCCAUUUCCUUCUCUUUAGAAAGGCCUUAUUUAGUAUUUUUGGAGAAUAUAUGAAAAAAACUUGGUAGGAUACAGUGGUUAGAACAUACAUAAAUAUUUUUUCUCGAAGUUUCAAAAUUUUUGGUUUCUCUGAAAUCGUAGAUAUCAUGUUAUCCGUCAUCGUGUUGAAAAGACACAGAAAAUUAAAAUUUUUUUGAAAGCUUUGUUAAAAUUUAUUAUUAUUUUGAUUCCAUACUUAUUUAUUUCAGUAUAAAGCGUUCUAUAUUACAUUUCAAAGAAUUUCAUUUUUUUCAGAAUUUCCUGGAAACUUCAAAAAAAUAUUAGUUUUUCUUAUAAAGUUCAUAAUGAUCAACUUUUUUUCAUUUUUUUGUCCCCCUAAUUUUUUUCAAAAUUUCCAGAGUUUAAGAAUAAUUUCGAAUGAAGUUACACUGCUGUAGUUAUUGAAAUUGAAAUUUUUUGGAAAUAACCCAUUGAUGAACAAGUUUUGAAACAGAAAGUUCAUUUUGAGGCCUCACCCUCGGGACUCCCGUCGACAUUUAUCCGAUCGAAACGCCCAGAAGCAUUCCAACUGAUCCGAUCGAUAUUCGUCACAUCGAACACUCAUUUUCUGAAGUUGGUUCCACUGAAAAUAAAUAUGAAACUGUCAGAAAAUCAAUUUUUUCGGAUAAAAUGAAAAAAAUAAGCAAAAUGUCCAUUUUUCAAGUUUUCGGAAAAAGUCGAGUAAGAAUGAAUUUUUGUGCCCUUGGUAAAGUUUCAAAUACUCGAAGUUGGAAAAUCCCUUCAAAGUCUCAAAAAUUUUCGUUGAGCUCUCAUUUAUAUGGCUCUGGGUAUUUAACAUUUUUCGACGAGUUUCCUGUUUCAUGUUCAUUCUAUAAAUGGUCCAAUUUAACGUUGUACAUUGUGUUAGCUGUGUGAAAAUUGAGCGAGUUUUUUGAGAAUUUUUGAUGUUUAAUUAUUUUAAAACACUUUUUUUUUAUAAUUCGGCCAAAGUUUGAUUUUUAAAAAAAAUCAUGUCAUUAAAAUUUUGAAUAUUCUCUUUUCAUCUGAAUUUUUCAUAUUUUUUUGGGCGAAAAAAAUCUUCUUCUUCUGCUCACAAUACAUCCUGGUUUUAGGUUUCGAAAAAAAUUUCUUGGUCCGAAGUAUGCUUUUAAAAAAACACAAAGUCGCCUUUUUUUGGGCUUCUAAAAUUGAUUUUUUUUUGAAACUUUGAAAUUUGCCAAAACUAAGAACUACGCAUUUUUGAAAAAAAUUUUGAACUGAAAACAACUUUAAAAUUCCGAAUUUUUAUAGCAUGCUUUGAGCAUGAAUUAAAAAAUUACUUUCGUUUAGCUUUCUUUUGACGUCUUCCGAGAGUUAUAACUCGACUAAAACGAGAAAAUCCUGAAAAGUUUUUUUCCUAUUUAAAUCACAGCGACUUUAAGGACAUCUCAGCUAAAUUUCAGCCCGAAAUUGCGAUUUUGAACCAUUUUUUUUUCAGGAAAAUCAUCUGAAUUAACAUUUCCAGUCAAUUUUUGCAGGUCUUCCAAGUAUUCGCUCUAUUAUCGGCUGGAAAUAUCGUUUCUCAUCUCAUCGCCAUGCCAAAUGAGCUGGGAAUCAUAGAGUUUGAAAAAAUAACAUAGCUCAUUUCACUGCUUCAAAUAUUUCCAGGGUCCAUCUCCAUGAAAAGUUCCAACUUCCUUCGAAAUCUCCCAUCGAGGAACCGAAGAUUAUUAUUAGUUCGGCUUGUCAGAGGUGGAGUUUAAAAAAAUAGAAAAAUAAUUAAAAAAAUUAAGAAAGAUAUUUUUUUCUACAGUUCGAGUUUCUGUUAGAAAUCUUGGGGUCUUUUUGAAGAUUUUUCUUAUGGUUUUUUUAUGAGUUUCUAGUUUCAAUUGUAGAAAAUCCUUAUUUCCGGCUUUUUUUCGAUUUUUUUCAAAAAGCUUAAUAAGUUUCAAUGAAUAACUUUUUUGACCUUGUAGCUUCAUUUUUUAAUUUAUUUUUCCAAAUAUCAAAAAAAUGUGUAAGGUGGAUAUUUUUUUCAGUGCUUCCUACGAGAUUUCAACUGAAAAUGCUCUAUAUUCUGUUAAUAUUUCUGGAUGGACCAGGGCUUUCGUUGGCGCCAGCAGCGAGGGGACCAGGUUUGUUUCAAAAAGAAUUUUUUUAAAAAAAUGGUUUAGCUUGGAUUUCUGUUUCAGCCAAUUGUGAUAUUUGAAGAAAGCUAGAAAUUUUUCAGUAUUAUGCUUCUUUGCACAAUUUCAUUGAAAAAAAUCGAGAAAAAGUAAAUUUUCACUUGUAAUGGGUUUAGGACCUUCUACACUCACGCUAAAAAAAUUUAAAAAAAUGGUUGUUUUUUUAAAUUUUUUUAAAAUUUUUUUCAACGAUUUUGGCUAUAGAUCCUUCGAAAAAGUCUAUGAUUUUUUUGCUUUUUAUUAUAAUAUCUUUUUUCUGGAACCGAUAUUGGAAUAGUGUACUCUAAUUUCGGCUCAAAUUGAAUGUUUUGAAUUUGAAUUCACUCGAAAAAAGCCGUAAAUCAGGUUUUUUUAAACUCGUUUUCAAUUUUUGACUUUUUUGGAAUGUACGUAUUUAAAACAGCUUCAAACUCAAUAUAGGAGAAAUUAGGAAAAAAACACGGUAAAAAAAUCCUAGCAUGUUUUUGUAUCAAAAAUUUCAAAAAAAAUGUUAGGAUUUUACUUUUUUUCUCGAAAAAAAUGGUCGAAUUUCACUUCUCGGUUUCAAAAAAAUGCAUAAUAUCUUUAAUGUGGCUUGUUAUUUUGAUUUUUGUUGAAUUUAUGAAUCACUGGGAAAAAUUUUUUAGUGGCCACUGUAGAGGCUCGCCAAGGACUACUUGGAGAGGACACUAAAGUGGCCGCUAAACCCACCUCUAUAGUGGUCACUGUUUUCCGUUUUAAUGGCCACUAUAGAGGUCCUCUAUUUAGUGGCCACUUCAGUAGUUUUUCAUCCAGUAUUCCUUCCAGUAACACUGAUAAUUUUAAAACAAACAGAUUGGACCAGUUAUGUUGAUCCAUUGGCCCCUAAAGUGGCCCCUAAAAUGUUUAGUGGUCUGUUAGUAGCACUUAGACCUUUAUAGUGGCCACUAAUUUUUUUAAACCCUUAAGUGGCCACUAAUUUGACUAAUACAGUGGCCACUGAAACGUCAAAACCCUAUAAUGGUCACUAAACAUUUUCCCAGCAAAUGAAUUUUAAAAAUAUUUUCAUUGAAAUCAUUUUCAGUGCAAUUUGGCUAAAGUGAAGGUAAUUUUGUGGGAAAAACUAAAUUUAUUAUCCCAGAAGUUUAUUUCGCCACAUUUUCUUUUCGAUUUCAGCACAACUGAAAGUGUGGUUCGAGAAGUUUUGGUCGUGGUCGGCGACGUGGAAAACGGCAAUCAGGGGUUGGUUUUCAUCAAAUUUUCGCUGAGAAAACCUGAAUAUUCAGAAAAAGCCAACAGAGAAGUGUCCAAGGCGUUUCUUUGGUCAUCGACAGAGAUCAAGAGGAAGAAGAAGACGACUUCGAGAAGACGUUCAGCGGCCAGGAGACCUGCGACGUCCUUCAUCUCGUCUGUAUUCUUGGAAAUUCUGGCGCGUCCAUUGGGAUGGCUAUUUCGAGGUCUGAAUGAGACAAAAAUUGGGAAAGAUUUUAAAAAAAAGGGAGACAGGUUGAGACAGAAAAAAUUAGUCUAUGUCUCAAAAAAAAGUUCACAAAAUGAGGAAAAAUAAUGAAAAAAGGAAAAUCUUAACCUUAUGCAGGAAGUUAUGCCUUAUGCAAAGUUUGGGUUACCAUUGGUUUUUGUGGCCAUUGAAAAUGGAGGAAACCACAGUUUUUGAAAAACUAACUACCUUUAUAUAAAGCUGUACCUUUGGAAUAAAUUGACCCUUAUUUUUCUGACAACCUUUUCUACUUGGAAAUGAGCCAGAAAGUAAUAAAAACCCACAAAAUUACGAUAAUUUGAAGCGAGCUGCUUUUAGAAAGCCCCGGAAUUUUUUUAAAAAAAUCAAAAAAAUUUUACUCUCGAGCCUUUUUCCAAUGUUAUUUCAUGCCCAAAAAAACGUAUUUUUUUCUCUUUUUUUGCUGUAAAAAAAGCUCAAUUCAAUGAUUUAUUGACUGCGAUUCAAUAGGAAACCUUCUUCUCAACAUUAUAAAAUAAAUUUUUUUCUUCCGAAAGAACACUUCAAAAAGUUUGAAUUUGUUUAAAAAUUCAUUUUUUUUUUUCCAGUAUCGAUUGGACAUCUUCUUGUCUAGAAAGCAACAAAUCGGAAGAUCCGCCAGAAGUUGAAGGCGACGAAUCGCAGAAAUCCAAGACGUUUGCCAGAAAUCUCGAAAAAGCUUUGGCCAAACGAGGAAAUAUUCCGGCUUAUGUGUGGGUUUUCAAGCUUAUUAUUUGAUUUUUAAGGUGGAAAAAUUCAUAAUUUAUAGAAUUUUUCAGAUUUCUUUUUCUCUUAAUGGUGAUUUUUCCGUGUGUUUUUCUGUUUUCCUUGAUUUUUCUGGUUUUUUUUCUAUAUUUUCUUGAUUUUUCAAAUUAUUUUCUUGCUUUUUUGUGUCUUUUUCUCAUGAUCCUAAUACUAUCAAAUUGAUAUAAAAAAAUAUAAAAAAAUAAAAAAAGUAUCCAAAAAAAGUCCAAAAAGGUUCCAAUGUGACACGAAAAAAAUUGAAAAAAAUUUUUCUAUUUUUUUAAUCUCCAAAAAAAUGUACGAAAAAUGAAUUUUUCAGCGUUUCCCGCAACCUUUCGGAAGCCGACGCCGCCGAGGCAAUCCAGCCGUUUUUUUGAAUGCGGUCGAUGAAUGGGUCAAAAAUCAGAAAGAAGCCGUUUCCCUCACUUUGAAACGGUGAUCAUUCGAAAAUCAGAAGGAUUUUUUCUGUGAAAAAGAGGCCUUUGAAUAGAAAAAUGGGACUUCAAAGAAAAAUUGAGAAGAACCACAGACGUAUUUUCUGUUCAUCGAUAAAGCUCCAAAAAUUCCGUUUUUUUUUCACUUUCGAACCAGCUGAAAUUGGAAAAAAUUAAUUUAUUUUGUCAAAUAUUAAAACCGUAGUCAUUAAGAUUAGUUUAAAAAGGGAAUUCGGGACGAAAAGUCGUUAUUUAUGAAGCGAUUUUGAAUAGAUUUUCAGAAAAGAAGAUAAAAAUCGAUUUUUCUGUUUCAGCCGAGGAUUAAAAAGUUCAAAAAAAGACUUGAUUUUUGCCUACUACAAAAGCUUCCUCAAUUUUUUUUUGUAAUUUGUAUUUUUUUAAAGCGUCAAAAUUUUAAUUUAACUGAUCAUGACUGGCUUGAACCAUCGAAAAAUAGGUCCUAACACGAUAGGAAAAGAGAUAGUGCAUGGUUGAUGGAGGGCGCAGACAGGCCACGCCCCCGGAAGCUAGCCCUGAAUUGACUAUAUCGAUUAUACUGGCGAAACUUCAAAAAAAAAUUUUUUUAGCUUCGUGGUUCAGAUUGAGAAAGAUGUACUGAAUUUAUUGAAUAAAAAUUCAAUAUUUUCGAAAUUUUCAGUUGCGUUGAACUCCAAACUGGAGCCAGUUCCCUUGAAGAGCUGAACGAGCAGCUGGAAACGAGGAUUUUCGAAGUUUGAAGUAAAAUGUUAAAAAUUAUAUGUAGUUUAUCCUUUUUAGCAAUCCAACAACGUGGAAGAGGCAAAAUUGGAGCUGUUCAAGUUGAAAGAUCGCAUGGAAAUGAUCCGCAGACGGCUCAAUAAUGUUCGUUUUUUAUUAAAAAAGGGACAUGAACAUUUCUUAAGUAUUUUUGAACGUUUUUUAGGUUUUAGUUCAUAGAAAUUUUGUAUUUGAUGCGUCGAAAUUGAAAAUUUCCCAUGAUGGACAUUCUUAAGAAAACCAAAGUCCUUAGAGAGAUUAGGGGAAAACACCCCUUAUAGGGCACAAAAUAGGGCUCUCUAGAGGGGUAAUGUUUAGGUGGUCCUUAUAGGGGUUUAGGGUCUGAACUCUAAGCUUCUAAAGCUUGAGUGGUCCCUUUAGGGAUCUUCUUCUUCUCAUAGAUUUCAUGACAAUAAACGACUAGCAUGCUCCCCUAGAGCAGCCACUUUUGCAAUCUUCAGUGCUCCUUAGAGAGAAGGUAUAGUGAUCCCUACAGGGGACAAGAUAUUGCUCUCUUAAGGGGUAAUAUUUAGGUGGUCCUUAUAGGGGCUUACAGUCUCAUUUCUAAGCUUCUAACGCUUGAGUGGUCCCUUUAGGGAUCUUCUUCUUCUCAUAGAGUUCCUAAAAAUUAAGGACUAAAUUGCUCCCCUGGAGCGGAAACUUUGGCAAGCUUCACUGCUCCUUAGAGAUAAGGUAAAGUGAUCCCUAGAGGGGAGCUUUCAAAUGCUCAUAAGGCCGCCCCUUUAGGGACCCCUCUGGAGUCUCUAAGUCGAUCAUAGAACAAAAAAGUUCUAGGUUUUAAAUCAAGUAAUCAUAAGGAACUCAUAAAAGCGUAAAAUUCAAAUUUCGCGCCAAAUGAGCAUACUGUGGCAAUGUCCGCGUCUUUUACGAUUCAUUUUUUUCGUGUCAAGACCUAUUUUUUGAUGACUCGAACCAGUACCAUUUUUUGAAGAUAACUGCCCGAAUCGAUGAAAAUAUGCCACUGUCCGCACUGGAAAUUCGAAUGUUGGAAAGGAUGAAGGAGCAUCAGAACAAUAUCAGCAUGCUUUCCAUUAAAAUCCCACAGGUUUGAAAUUUUUUUACAUUGAUUUCAAUAAAGAAUAAUAGAAAAAAGCUUUUUUCAGAGGAAAAAAAGUAGAAACGUAUCAUAAAGAAGAAAAAAAAAUACUAGAAGUUCAGUGAAAGUAAUAAUUUUCAAGUGGGUCUGCUUUAUUAGAAAGUUUAAGAAUUAGGAUUUUUUUAUUGCCUAGAAAAUUAAAAUACCUUAACAUUGCGUUAAUUUGACUCGAAGGAAAUCAUUUUCUCUAUUCAAAAUCGGAUUUUUGCUUUUUGAUAUAUUUUUUUAUAAUAACAAUUUUUUUAAUUACUAGGUUUUUUUGAUGAAUUUUUCAAAAAUUUUUUUCCCUAAUUCGAAAAUUGAGAUGAUCUUCUCCUACUUCUAGAAAUAUUCAAAAUUCCAGCUGGCCCUAGAAGUUUCGGAUCAACGCCGGAAGAGCAACGUCGUCCAGACUCAUCUCGGAAAUCGCUCUAAAAAGCUUUCCAACGUCGAGAAAAAGUCAUUUCCGCCUUGAAAAUUUGAAUUAAUCAUGGAAUUUUCAGCUCCCAAGACAUUGAGAACCUGCGCGGACGGAUCGAGACCCUCAAAAAUUCCCUGAAUCUAAAAAACUGA